UAUGUACUUCUAUGUUUCAAAUUACUCUUAGUUGCAUCUAAAGAGGAAAGUCAAAAUGCUAGAGAUAUUUUCUCAUAACAUUUGAUAUACUGAAGUCUUUCUUUUCAGUAGAAGAUCUUGCAGCUAUAACGAAAAUUAAAAUGGAGUUGUAAACUGUUUGACACCUUUUUCACAUGCACCAUUGAAUUUGUAUGCAGACAAGCAAACCUAUAUGUCUUGUUAGUUGACUUUUUACGUUAUUCAUUUACAUAUAAGAGUUGUAUAUAAAAUAUCAAUACAAACUCUCCAUGCAGUUAUGAGAGUGACAAACAAUUUUACUAUUUCUUUUAUCAAAAUUUUAAUUGCAUCUCCUUAUUUAAGAUCAGCCCUACAUAUUAUGACAAGUAGUGAACCACACCAAUUUCAUUUGGAAAUGCAAAUGCAAGGUCCAAUUAAUUCCAAUUUUUUUUUUGACAGCAUAUAAUGAGAACUUCAUUAGAUGGGCCUUUUAUUUUUGUAUUGCCCAUAGGAACUCUGUGAUACCACACAUUAUAUUGGCAACUGGCAACACAGUGUGGAACAUAUACAUGUUCAAUGCCCAUAGGGAUUAUAUAAUGCCGCACAUGAUGUUUGCAAAGGCUUUGUGUGACACUAUCACUACCAUUUCAUAUAAUCUUGUCUCUCUAUGGAAGAAUGUAAAUGUCGAUUCAUUUGCGGUUAUGACUUCUCAAAUUAUGGAUUUAGCCACACAUUGGAAGCUCCAGACAAGUUGUUUAGAAAAAGUAAGAAAUCCCAGUUCGAUGAAUUCUUGAACUAAGGGCUAUAAUACCAAAGUCACUUUUUGUUAACACUUUUUGCUGCAUAAUGAUGUCCUUCAUAAAUAGUUAAAUUGUUAUGUAUUACUUGUAUACGUUGAUGUGUUAGUUCACCAGCACGCUGUAGAAGCUUGACCUUUGGUAUUUUAAAAAUUACCACUCAUGUUCUCUAAAAUACGCAAAAUUCAUGCCUCUUGGCUUGCUUGAACCCCUUGUAUCUUGAUUGUGCUGACUCUUUAGGCUUUCCUCCAGAUACAAACUCAACUACAGAUUGUUGGCUAUUGAUGGUUGAUUACCUUUUCCAUUUGAGUAAAAAAAUUUCCUUAUUAACUCAACGUGGUUGUCAGUGAGCUUUUUGGCUUGGAAAUUCAGAGAUGCACAUUUUUAAGGUUACUGUUAACAGUUUUUUGCUGCUUCAGGUUAUUAUCCCCGUAAGUUCGGAACAUGGUCGGCACACCCUCCGAGUUCCAAUACCAACCUCAACUCUGCUUCACAGUUUGCCAUUAUGCAAAAAAGAUGGGCAUCUCAAUCCCCAAGGGAAGAUGACAAGAUCAGCAUUGGACCUCGUAGAGGAGUAGAAGCUGGGGAUGAUGAUAAGGAUACAGGGGUUGCUUAUUAUGGACCGAUCUCAAGUACUAUCAAGAAAGUGAAGCUCCUCUCUCUUUCCACCUGUUGCCUAUCCGUGUCUUUAGGACCUGUCAUAACAUUCAUGACAUCUCCUGACUCAAAUGUGAUCCUAAAGGGGGCAGUGGCUUCUUCGGUUAUCUUCUUCAGUGCUUCAACCACCGCUAUUCUUCACUGGUUCGUGAGCCCUUAUAUUCACAAGCUCAGAUGGCGGCCUGGUUCAGACAGCUUUGAAGUCGAGAUGUUGUCAUGGCUAGCAACAUCUAUUCCGAAAACCAUCAAGUUUGCGGAUAUCAAGCUGCCGGAGACAAACAGGCCUUUUGUGACAUUUAAAGCUGAUGGAAAAUUUUAUUUUGUUGAUGCCGACCACUGUCACAACAAGGCUUUGUUAGCUAGACUGACCCCACAGAAGGCAACGCAAGAGUCGGCUUUUAAGAAUUUGUGACUGAGAAGAUUUUGAUGAGAACUUUUUAGUUUGUAUGUUUUGGCUCAAACUAUUACUAUGGCUUGUAAUGAACAAAAUGAUCAGAGCUUUGAGCUUAUUAUGGGAUUUUUAUCUGUUUUCGUUAAAAUUAACAGGAUUAUCCAUAUUUUGUUUUUUUGGGUCUUUUUGACAAUCAAUAAAUUGAUGUAUGAAGUUUUACACCUACA